ACAAACCCUUCAUCUGCUUGGUCUCACACUCUCUCCACAGUGGCGGCAAAACAAAAGACCUAAAAUUUCAAAAUCCCAUGGCCAAGAACCCCACGGCGGCGGACAACCGCCGCGGCCGCCGUCCCACCACGAAAACGAAACCCCAACCCCGCCGGGCCGAGCCGCCGCCGGCGGAGGCAGCGGUCUCCUCCCCCUCCGUGGACAUCGAGGACCUGGCGCCCACCAUGCCCGCCCCAGGCGCCGCGGCCGCCGCUCCGGCGGUACUGCGCGCGCAGUUGCUGCGGUGGUACGACGCGCACCGUCGCGACCUGCCGUGGCGGAGCGCCAGCGGUGAGCAGGAGGAGAGGGCGUACGCGGUGUGGGUGUCGGAGGUGAUGCUGCAGCAGACGCGGGUGCCCGUCGUCGUCGGCUACUACGGCCGGUGGAUGGCGCGCUGGCCCACCGUGCGGAGCCUCGCCGCCGCCACGCAGGAGGAGGUGAAUGAGCUGUGGGCCGGGCUUGGUUACUACCGGAGGGCUCGCUUUCUGCUCGAGGGAGCGAAGCAAAUCAUUGAAAAAGGGGAGUUCCCUCGCACAGCAUCAGCGCUCCGUGAGGUUCGGGGCAUUGGGGAUUACACGGCUGGAGCCAUUGCUUCCAUAGCCUUCAAUGAGGUUGUCCCAGUUGUGGAUGGAAAUGUCGUUCGAGUUAUAAGCCGGCUUUAUGCUAUUGCUGACAACCCAAAAGAAUCCCCAACUGUGAAGAGGUUCUGGGAGCUUGCCGGUCAACUGGUUGAUCCUUUGAGGCCAGGAGACUUCAACCAAGCAAUGAUGGAAUUAGGAGCAACAUUGUGCAGCAAGGCAAAGCCUGGUUGCUCCGAGUGCCCUGUCUCUAGCCAUUGCCAAGCAUUUGCACUUUCCAGAGAAAAUUCGUCAGUCCAAGUUACAGACUUCCCCCGAGUGGUUCCAAAGGCCAAACCACGGAGCGAAUUCGCCGCUGUUUGUGUCGUUCAGAUUGCACUAGGCUUGGAGCAAGAGGUGGCAGAUGCAAAUGGCAAGGAUGAUCUCUUUCUGCUGAUCAAGAGACCAGAAGAAGGCCUGCUUGCAGGGCUCUGGGAGUUCCCUCUAGUCCUUGUGGAUGAAGGGAAGACUGAUUUGCUGAACAGGAGGAAAGAGAUGAACAAGUACUUGAAGCAGUUGCUUAGCAUUGAUGCAGGACGGAAAUCCGAUGUAAUCCUCCGCGAGGAUGUUGGUGAGCAUGUUCACAUUUUCUCCCACAUUCGCCUGACAAUGUAUGUCGAGCUGAUGAUUCUCAAGCUCAAAGAUGAUGUGGAUCGACUAUGCAAAAUGGGACAUGAUAGGACAAAAUUUAAACUUGUCGAUGAGAAUUCAAUUGAAUCCAUGGGAUUGACAUCUGGGAUUCGAAAGGUGUACAAUAUGGUCAAGGCUUUCAAGGAGAAAAGGCUCUCUGUAUAUGAGAAAGGUCAAGUACCCACGAGGAAAAGGAGUCGACGGCUAAAGCAGUAACCUAAGCGAUUAGAGACUGCUAAUGCCGUAAAAUAGGCAACUUGUGAAGUUACGAUAUCUAUUUUGUUGCAUGUAUCUGGAGUGCUGGACUCCAGAAACUGCUGCAUUGUUGCAAGCUUGCUGGAUGGAAGAAAGCUGGCACUUUUUGUACAAAUUUCCUGCUGUUACUGCCAUAAGCUGAUCCAAUGCAGUCUAUUUAUGUUUU